UUAAGAUGUCAGCUCCAUAUAUAGGCAACGGCACAGUCCCGGAAGUGUGACGUCAGCGCACAUGACCGGAACUGAAUCACAUGAUUCGGUGUUUUUAAGAAAAGAGUGUUCAUUCACCCAGACGUGCCUGCGCUUUAUAUCACUGGUUGUAGUGAUCUGUUAUCUGUGAGCAGUCAUGAGACUUGUGAUCCUGGAUGACUAUGACCUGGCCAGUGAAUGGGCUGCAAAGUAUAUUCGCAACCGGAUCAUUCAAUUUAAACCUAGUGCUGACCGGUACUUCACUUUAGGACUUCCAACAGGUAGCACACCGCUUGGCUGCUAUAAAAAGCUGAUCGAGUAUCACAAGAGUGGAGAUCUGUCCUUUAAAUAUGUGAAGACCUUUAACAUGGAUGAGUAUGUGGGUCUGCCCAGGGAGCACCCAGAGAGCUAUCACUCCUACAUGUGGAAUAACUUCUUCAAACACGUCGACAUUGAGCCUCAAAACACUCAUAUACUGGACGGCAAUGCCAGUGACCUGCAGGCGGAGUGUAGCGCCUUUGAGGAGAAGAUAACAGCGGCUGGGGGCAUAGAGCUGUUUGUUGGAGGUAUCGGUCCAGAUGGGCACAUCGCCUUUAAUGAACCUGGCUCCAGUCUCGUGUCCAGAACCAGAGUGAAGACCCUUGCCAAGGACACGAUAGUGGCUAACGCUCGUUUUUUUGGGAACGACCUUUUAAAAGUGCCCACCAUGACUCUCACUGUUGGAGUAGGAACAGUGAUGGAUGCAAGAGAGGUUAUGAUCCUGAUCACCGGGGCUCAUAAGGCUUUUGCGUUGUAUAAAGCAAUCGAGGAGGGUGUGAACCACAUGUGGACGGUAUCUGCCUUCCAGCAGCAUCCAAGAACCAUUUUCAUUUGUGAUGAGGACGCAACGCUGGAGCUCAGGGUCAAAACUGUCAAGUAUUUCAAAGGGCUGAUGCACGUUCACAAUCAACUUGUUGAGCCGACGCUCAGCGUAAAGGACACAUGGACUGAACGCAGCAGACGGUACAUCUGAAUCAUCUGGAAAUGAUGGCAUCACUUUGAAUCAAUGGAAACUAGCUUCAGGGACCACAGCGGUUUUGAAUGGUCUUAAAGUGUAGACAAACAAAUUACUUCUGUGAUUGCAUUUCCCAAGGUGCUGUGUUCAUUACUUUAUAACUACACUACAUGGCCAGUAUUAACAAGAAAUGUCCAUAAAGUGUUAGGAUUACUGUAAAUCAAAUGUACACAGACCCUUAACCCUUUAGAUUACGCCAUCUCUAAUCAACAGAUUAUCUGUUACAAUUCCUUUCUUAUAUUUCUAAAAAGUGUCUAUUUCAUUUCAACUUUUCAAAAAGGUCAACAUUUCAAGUCAAUAUCAUUUUAAUAAUAUUACAUACUUACGAAGUUAACUUGAAUGUGAAUUUUUACUCCAAGGUGAAUUUUUUGGGAAUGUUGUUUUGUAUCUGUUACAUAGACUUGUACACUCCUAAACUCCUGGAAGAUGCUGAGAUUCAUUUUAGUAUGUUACAUUUAUAUAUCAAACUUAUUUAGUCGAUGAUGGCAUAUUUAUCAUUUCAAUGUCAGUUGUUUUGCAUUUGUUCACCUUAAACUUAAGCACUUCUUUAAAUCUGAUUGUCUUAUUGUUCUUUACAUUCUAGACUUUACUGUAUAGUCACACAAAGAGAAAUAUUACACUUUUUUUCGUGGAUUUACACAUUUAUUUCCAAUCUGUAUGAAUUAACUGUUAAUAGAUUUGCACUCCAAAAGCCAAAUCAUUCUUUCAUGUAUUUCUUUACUUGUUCAACAAUGCACAAUAAAAAUGAAAGAUUUCAUUUUUCUUUCUUAAA